AUGGCCGAGAACAAAUAUGGACAAGGCGUUUCGCACGCUUCCGCGCCCUCUAAGGUACCUGGAAAGGUACAAGAGAAGGCCCCUCAAAGUCUUGAGGAAAACCUUCCAGAUUCCAUCCACCCUACCGGCCCUGAGCCGGGCCAGUCCACCAACAAGUCGCACGCUAAGGGUGGUGGCGCUGCCUCGAUUGUCCCCCAGAAGCUUCAAGAGAAGCUCCCCGAGAGCGUUGAGCGUGCCGUUCCCAACGCGAUUCACGAUACCGGAGACACUGGUGGUCUGCACCGCAAGCAGUAG